AUUUGCAGCAUAAAAAUAACACGUGUUGCAAUUACAGCAUAUCAACCUAUUUUCAUUUCAAUGCAAAAUAAGUCUAUAACGCAUAGGUGGCUGUGAAAAAUAAAAGCCAUGACAAUUGUUUUAAGAAUACGUUUAAAAUAGUUUUGGGUAGUUAAGGUUUUCAAAAUGGGUAGAGUUCAAAUUCUAAUAAUUCGUCACCACAUGAGGAAUAAAAUGAGAUUACAAGAUACUUGAGUACUAUGAAGGUCAUGCAAACACUGGCCAAAACGUCAAAAAGCUGUGGAAUUUGAGAUGUGUUUCACAGAUACCCAGUGUACCGACGUGCAACAUUGCCAGUUCACAGUGUGCUUGUUUGCCGGUUCAGUGUAGCCAUUUCUCUUCAGCUCCAAAAAGAUGUCCAGUUACCACAAAUUAGAGGCCAAAACUGUCCAAGAACUUAAAGAUAUAGCGAACAAAAUCAGAAUACAUUCUAUCACAUCGACACAAGCAGCAAAAUCUGGACAUCCAACAUCAUGCUCGUCGAUAGCAGAGAUCCUCUCCGUACUUUUCUUCAACACCAUGCGGUACAAAGUGUCAAGUCCAAGGGACCCCUCAAACGACAGAUUUGUCCUUUCCAAAGGUCACGCAGCUCCUGCCUUAUACGCAGCCUGGGCUGAGGCCGGGCUGUUCCCUACAACUGACCUCCAGAACCUCAGGAAGAUUGACUCUGACCUCGAAGGUCAUCCCACGCCUAGGUUAAAUUUCAUUGACGUUGGAACUGGAUCUUUGGGACAAGGGUUAUCUAUUGCUGGUGGUAUGUCCUUUGUUGGGAAGUACUACGAUAAAGCUAGCUAUAGAGUGUACUGCUUGGUUGGAGACGGCGAGAGUGCAGAAGGAUCUAUUUGGGAAUCAGUACACUUUGCUAGUCAUUAUAAACUAGACAAUCUAGUAACCAUAUUCGAUGUCAACCGUUUGGGCCAGAGUGAAGAAACGUCCCUAGGACACGAUGUGGAGACGUACCGAAAACGAUUGGAGGCAUUUGGAAUGAACGCUAUCGUUGUAGAUGGACAUGAUGUUGAAGAACUGGCAAAGGUAAGAGCAAAACUAAAACAUCUCAGAAGGAGAAACCGGAACACUUUGUGA